UUCAAAUCUAAUUAUUCCAAUUGUAAUUGGAUGUUCAAUUCAAGAAUUGAAUUGUAUCGAUUAGGUUCGGUUAAAUUUGAUUGGUUUGGAUGUUGCACUGCUAGCUUUUCUUCUACCCUUUUAACUCCGAGAAUACCCAAGUUUGCCGGUCCUCCAUAGCCGUUUUUUAGCGUGCCCAUACUUCCUCCAAAAACCUAUAUCAACCGGUAAAUCCAAGGCAGUGCUUCAUCCAGCAUAGCUAUUCUUUUUUUUUUCUUUCUCUAAUUCACUCAAAACCCUAAAUUCUCUCUCUGCCCCCGCUCCUUUUGGGUCCUCCGGCCAACCCACUUCGCCGGUUUAUCGCUAUAAGGCUAUGGAAGGAAAUUCAGUGAAUCACGAGAAUGAUAUUGAAGAAGAAUAUGUGUUACUCGAUCUUGAUUCUGUUUCUGGCCAGCUUGACAUCCCACCUAAUGCGCCUUAUGUUCUUUCUGGUUUGGAUACGUUGAAUCCUGUGUUGACCAUAGGUGGAUUGAAGUUGAUUGGAGAAUAUGAAGAAACAAUUGGCACAUGCCUUAUUUUCGCUGAAAAAGAUGCUGAGCCUGUGGUUCAUGAAGAAACGGGACCAUCAGAGGAAAACCUUUUCUCAGGCAAAUGCAUUAUAGAUCCAAAUGAACCUCCAACAAAACAGGUAAAACCCAUGACCGGCCUUCAUAAGAUUUUAAAGUUCAGAUUGACAACCGAUGAUGAGGAUCCAGAUAUAGAUGGGCAAAAAAUGACUCCGCCCAAUUAACAACCCAAAUAAUCUUGAAAAUAAAAUAACCCAAACAACCUUAGUUUUACAUGAGUUUUGGUUGGACUACCCAAGCUAUUUGAUGCUUACCCCUACUAACAACCAAACAAAUUUGUUGAGUGCAAUUGUAAAUUUCUUGGUCCAUUUCGAGAUCCAUACAUUUGAGUUGUAAAUAUAGCUUUAGCUGUCUCAUUCUCAGGUAUUAUUUGAGAUCAUUUUAUUAAAGUUCAUGAUGUUUUGUUCUUUAAGUACGAAGUUUGAGUUUGUGGUCCUGGCAUCAAUUGUAUAGAUAUAAUAUGAGAACUUUUUUUAACGAAUAAAAUAUCAAACGUUAUCACUU